AAACAUAUCGAUAAGCAUUUUACAUAUGUAACAUAUUUCCAACACCAGAGAAGAAGAAGAGUUAGAACUGCAGCUAUGGCGGAAGGAAGCGAAGGAGAGAAAAACAGAACCAUGAAACGGCUUCCUCUCAUAAUAAACUGUCUCUUACUCGCCGUCGGAACCUCCGGCGGCCCCCUCGUUAUGCGUCUCUACUUCCUCCGUGGCGGCAAACGCGUCUGGCUUUCAAGCUUCCUCGAGACAGCCGGCUUCCCCUUCAUGCUACUUCCCCUCGCCGUCUCUUACUUCCGCCGCCGCGCAGCGGCAGCAGCGGCGGGAACGGCCAAACCCAGUCCGGUCUCGAUGAAACCCGCUCUCUUCGCGGCCUCCGUCUUCAUCGGAGUCCUCACCGGUCUCGACGACUAUCUCUACGCCUACGGCGUGGCGCGCCUCCCCGUGUCCACGUCAGCACUCAUCAUCGCCACACAACUCGGCUUCACCGCGUUCUUCGCGUUCCUGCUGGUGCGCCAGAAGUUCACCUCGUACUCCGUGAACGCCGUCGUUUUGCUAACAAUCGGCGCCGGCAUUCUGGCGCUCCACGCCAGCGGAGACCGCCCCCCCGGCGAGUCCAUGAAGGCCUACGUCAUGGGGUUCGUGACGACAGUAAUCGCUGCAGCCUUGUACGGCUUGGUGUUACCCAUGGUGGAGUUGGUGUACAAAAAAACCAAACAACCUAUUACCUAUUCCCUUGUCAUGGAGAUUCAGUUGGUGAUGUGCUUCUCCGCCAGUGUCUUCUGCUUCAUCGGCAUGAUCAUUAACAACGACCUUAAGGUGAUUCCGAGAGAAGCUAAAACGUUCAAGCACGGGGAAGUUAAUUACUACGUUGUGUUGGUGGGGAGUGCAAUACUAUGGCAAGCUUUUUUCUUGGGAGCCAUUGGGGUUAUUUUUUGUGCCUCUUCUUUGUUUUCUGGUAUCUUAAUUGCGGUGUUGCUGCCCAUAACGGAGGUGUUGGCGGUUAUUUUCUACAAAGAGAAGUUUCAAGCGGAGAAGGGUGUUUCUCUGUUGCUGUCGCUCUGGGGAAUGGUGUCUUACUUCUAUGGGGAGAUCAAACAUGAGAAGAAGAUGAAGAAAAAGAAGAGCAGUGACAUUGAAGCAACUAUGAUGCCUGAAUUGGGAAUUAUUGAAAGAUGAGAAUGUACUGUUUAGGUUGUUGGUUGUGGUGAAAUCGUAGAGAACAUUAUGGUAUAGAUUCGUUGACUAUGUUUGGGUGUGGUUUCGUCCAUAAAAAGUGUGCUCUCACAAAGUAGUCAACAUUAAAUAAGGAUCCUAUCUUUGUCCAACCACAUUAAUGUCCCUGCUACGCCAAUCCUUUAUUAAAGGUUUCAUUCAAAUCAAUUUUAUUCUUU